UUUGUUCUCUAUAAAAAACCCUUGUGAAUCGCGUUCAUGAGUUUUGUUCUCUAUAAAAAACCCUUGUGAAUCGUGUUCAUGAGUUGUUUCCAAUAAACCCUUGUGAAUCCAUCAUCAAUGGGACAGGGCCAAGAGGAGAAGAUCCGACCAGAACCCCAAACUGAAAUACAGGAAAGGGGAGAGAUAUUUUUCUUCUAUCGGCCUAAGGUUAACAAGGAAGAAGCUCACAGUGCCGAUGACGUCCAGCGUCUCUAUAUCAUCAUGCGACCAGAGUCGGGUGAGAGGCAGGUGGAAGAUACCAACAAGGAGCAAGUAAACAUUGAAAAGCAAGCACUGUUUCGUUUUAUUGUAAUGGGACGGAAAAAGCUACCUGACCCAAAGGAGAAAAGCCGACCUUAUUGGGGUUUUGUCGAAAUGGUUACCACGAAGGUAGACCAAGUCAAGAAUGCUCUUAGAGGAGUUGAAUAUGAAACUUCAACUAAAGGACAUAGACAUACUAGUCAUGCUAGAGCAUUGGGAGAAGGCAUAUACCGAAUAGUAAGGCACAAACAGGAGGAUGGGAAAAGAAGUCAUACUCAUUUGAUCUACAAGCUUGAAUUUCCAGGUGAAGGUGAGAAGAAGGAACCUCAACAAGAACUCAACAUUGAACGUGAGGGAUCAUUCAUAAUUCAAAUAAAGAAUCCGGAAAAAGGUGGAGGUGGUGGUUUGCAAAAGAAACGCAAGGCAGUGUUUCCUGCUCACCUGCAAGGAGAACUGGGGCAUGUUAGAUUUGGUCCGGCGGACCCGCCUGACUUUCUCAACUAUGAAGGAUGCGAGUUUUUGCUUAUAUCGGCUUCUGACGAUAUUGAACAUGAGCUGGGUCUGAAGCUUGUGACAGAAGAAUGUUCUGAUCUCCUCAACACUUUUAAAUUUGCACAAGAUGACGAUGCUUCUGUAACUCCCUUUCUAAAGGGAAUAUGGGCUUGAAAUCAAAUCUAAUGUAAAUAAAUAAAUAGCAAUAGUAUAGCCUGUGAGUAGGUCUUUUGGAAAUUACUAUGUACAAACAGCUGUUUCUAUCAAAGACAUCUGGGAUAUUAUAUUAAGACUAACGUUGGACCA